UUGUCGUUAGAUCACAAAAUCAUUAUCAAUCCCAUGGCAUCAUUUAAUCCCGCUAAUGGACCUGGUCAGCCGCAGCCAACCGACAUCGGCGUUGACUACAUCUGCCUGGAAUGGGAAAGUGCCGAGAGAGAUGACGUCACUCAUUAUGAGAUUCGGAUGAAAUUAGCCAGUGACGAAUCAUGGAACAAUACUAUUAUUCCCACGGAAGAUAGGCGACCGUCACAUCGUGUCGACGAACUUUUACAAAAUACCGGGUAUGAAUUCAUGUUUAGAGCUGUUUAUCCAGAUGGCAGUAGCAGCGCUUUCAGCCACAAGAGUGUGAAAAUCACAACAAACGGUUCAGAGCUCCGUACUCUACUUAAAGUCUGCCAAAAGAUAGAUGACGGGCCGCCAGGCGUUUACAGACUUCCGCUGAUGAGUGUAUCAGAGAACACAGACAAAAAGACACGAAAAUGUGUUUUUGGGACCUCCACUUGUCUUCGAGAGAGAACUAUACUGAUGGUUGGCACCAAUGAAGCAGGGAAAACCACACUCAUAGAAGGACUUGUCAACCAUUGUCUAGGAGUUCAGUGGGAAGACGACUUCAGAUUCGCAAUUACUGAUGAAACUUCUACUCACAAGGUAUGUAAACGUGUCAUAGACAGAGGUAACUGGGGUUCUGAGGAGCACACCAAGUCGUGUUUAAAAAAAAUACAGUACGAUAUCCUGAAAGCAAAAUAUGAACUUGGCGUGGAAGAAAAGAUACCAGCUGACUACAUGCUACUGAGCACCAAAAGGGCUUUUGUGUCUUCGCUGGAAGAAGUGAUCUCUCUGAUUUCAGAAACAGCCGAAUAUAACAACGACCUGCAAGGAGUUCAACAAGGCGAAAAGGACUUUAUGAUGCAUAUGAUCGACAGAGAAGAACAGAAAAAGAAACCUUGGUAG